AUGUGCUACGACCGCUACGUUGCCAUCUGCAAACCCCUGCACUAUGGGACCAUCCUGGGCAGCAGAGCUUGUGCCCACAUGGCAGCAGCUGCCUGGGCCACUGGGUUUCUCAGUGCUCUGCUGCACACAGCCAAUACAUUUUCCCUGCCCCUGUGCCAGGGCAAUGCCCUGGGCCAGUUCUUCUGUGAACUCCCACACAUCCUCAAGCUCUCCUGCUCACACUCAGGCUACCUCAGGGAACUUGGGCUUAUUGUGGUUAGUUUCUUUUUAAUAUUUGGUUGUUUCAUUUUCAUUGUUUUCUCCUAUGUGCAGAUCUUCAGGGCUGUGCUGAGGAUCCCCUCUCAGCAGGGACGGCACAAAGCCUUUUCCAUGUGCCUCCCUCACCUGACCGUGCUCUCCCUGUUUAUCAGCACCUUAUUCUUUGCCUACCUGAAGCCCCCCUCCAUCUCCUCCCCAUCCCUGGAUCUGGUGGUGUCAGUUCUAUACUCGGUGGUUCCUCCAACACUGAACCCCUUCAUCUACAGCCUGAGGAACCAGGAGCUCAAGGAUGCCCUGAGGAAACUCAUAACUGGGUGUUUUUCAGAAGCAACAAACUUUCUUUCUUCUGCAUGUUAUGGGCAUCAUUAA